AUGCCUCGCCUCGCGCCCGGGCUAGGUUUCCCCGCCCCCGCCGCCGCAGCCGACGCCGACCCAGCGACGGCCGAGCGCCGCCACCCGGCCUCCCGGCGGAAGAAGCCGCCGCCGAGGCGGAGGCGCCCCGCGCCGCCACCAACGCCGGCGGUGGGGCCACGCGGCGCGGCCGAUCCAGAUCCGGGGCUCCUCCACCACCUCCGCCUCAACCACGGCAGCCUCGCCUCGCGGGGCACAAGCACCGCUACCAGUCCCAGAGGCGAGGACGGCGGCGACGACGAGGAGGAGCAGGGGGGCUACGGCGCGGCGGCGGAGGCGGACGGUGACUCCUUCUCCAACUCGCUGAGAGAGUGCCAGAAGCAGCUGCAGCGGAGGGCGGAGGGGGCAGCGCCGCCACGCCCGCCGGCCACACACGAGCCCAACGCCGACGCAUUCGGCGGGAUCGAGCUGCUGGUGCUCUCGCCGAGGUGCCUGCUGGGUGCGACCGUGGGAGGGAUGAGCAAGAGCUCGACGGCCUCAUCCAGGAGCAGAUCAGGCACGUUUCCGAGCCCCGGGACCCCAAACUACAGCCGGCAUUGCGCCGCGGGGAACAUAAACAUGCAGUACCCCAAGGGGUGGAGCUCGGAGCGGGUGCCGCAGGGGAACAGGAGGCACGGGGGCAGCGGGGUCGUGCUCCCCUUCAACAACGGCCGGAAGCUGCCGUCCAAGUGGGAGGACGCCGAGAAGUGGAUCCUCAGCCCGGUCUCCUGCGACGGGAUGGGGAGGAUGUCGGCGCCCGCGCCACACCACAGGCGGCCCAAGUCCAAGAGCGGGCCGCUCGGGCACCCGGCUGGUGCUCCGGGAGCUUACGCGUCGGUUUCGCCCAUGAUUCCCUGCUUCGAUGGUGUUCUGGCCGCGGCUAGUUUCGCGGCUCAUUCGCCGUUCUCUGCUGGGGUUCUCAUGCCGGACCAUGUGCGCAAUGGUGACUUCAGCAGUGGGAGAGGCAGAUGCGGGGAUGAUGGCAGCAGUAGAUCGUAUUCGGCUGAGAAGGAGCCGUAUAUAUGGAGAUCAGCAAGUACGCAUGCGUGGACGGAAACACUUAUGGAGGCAUCUGCCUUUGCUAAUAUCUCAGAGGAAGCUGCACAAGUUGCCGAUGAUAGUUUACAGAGCCCGCAAGGUGAAACUUCUUUGAUUUCAAGUCCAAUCAUAAAGAAAGAUGUUGCUACACAAAUGAGCCCCGAUGACAGCAUAAUAUCAUCGUCCCCAAAAGCGAGACAUUCCUGCUCCAGCUUGCCUUCAGGACAUGCUAUUAGAGAGCCAAAUAACCAUACACCUAAAGUUGAAGUUAGGGAUGUGGAGGUAGAUGAUCAAGUAACUGUUACCCGGUGGUCCAAGCGACACAUAACACGAGGCUCUGAUAAGAGAUCAACAAAUAUUGUUGAGUGGAGGAAGAAGACUACAGAGCCUCGGGCCCCAUCUUUUGAUGAAAAAGAAAGAGAAAGCUGCAUAUCAAAGUGCAAGAGGGAGGAAGCAAAGAUCACUGCUUGGGAAAAUUUACAGAAAGCAAAAGCAGAGGCAGCAAUUCGGAAGUUGGAGAUGAAGCUUGAAAAGAAAAGGUCAUCAUCAAUGGAUAGAAUUUUGGGCAAACUAAGAUCUGCUCAAAAGAAAGCGCAAGACAUGCGUACCACAGUUUCUGUUAGUGAAGAUCAAUGUGGUGAAGAUCGAUGUGCUGUGAGAGCAACCAAGAAGGCAUCUUACUUGAGCCGGACUGGCAAGCCUUUCAGCUGCUGUUUCACCUAUCAGGCUUGCUAGUUGUGAUAUAGUUGGUGUCCUACGAUGAAGUAGAAACUCUUGGCUAAGUCUGCCUUCUGAACUCAAGUUAGACUGCAAAUCGCGAAGAACAGUAUCUUGCUGUUGCAGCUGGAGAUUGCAGGAGUAGUUAGAAGAGAGCUUUGCACUGUUUGAUGACUGAAACACUGAAGCAGAGUGUACUACAAAUCAAAGUCAUUGAGCAAAGUCUACUCUUGUAGCUGAUGAUACGGAUUACUGCCCUCGGUGAUCUGUAUCUUCUGUUAAUGCAACAUCAUUACACCACGUAGAUCAGGAAGCCGACAUCUGGAGCUUUUUGCUAGUUUUAAACCCAGAUUGAUCGGCAGGUUCUCGUUCUGCCCGUUGUCUAUCUUGCCAUGGAACUCUGUAUGCAAGCCUUGGGGGCUCUAGUGUUAGAUAUUGGAUUGGAAAUUGUGAGAGCUGCACUCUUGAGAUUC